CUUCUGCCAAACCAUCAUCGCCAAACACCUCCUCACCCCCUCUAUCCGCUCUACGAUACCUGCGCAUACACCCAGAUACCCUCCUGAGCCCAAUCAUCCCGCCUGCGAAGACCUCAUCCGUCACUCCCUCCCGCCGUCGCGCCCCUACUGCUCCCUCCCUCCUCCUCCUCCUCUGCCCUCGUGCCGGCCACCGUCAUCAUGUCGUCAAGAAAGAAGAUACUAUUGAAGGUCAUCAUCCUCGGCGACAGCGGCGUAGGCAAAACAAGCUUAAUGAACCAAUACGUCAACAAAAAGUUCUCCGCCUCCUACAAAGCGACCAUCGGCGCCGACUUCCUCACCAAAGAAGUGCUCGUCGACGACCGCCUGGUGACGAUGCAACUCUGGGACACGGCGGGCCAAGAGCGCUUCCAGUCGCUCGGCGUCGCCUUCUACCGCGGCGCCGACUGCUGCGUGCUGGUGUACGACGUCAACAACGCCAAGUCCUUCGACACCCUCGACAGCUGGCGUGACGAGUUCCUCAUCCAGGCCUCGCCCAUGGACCCGGAGAGUUUCCCCUUUGUCGUGCUGGGCAAUAAGGUGGAUGUGGAUGAGAGCAAGCGCGUUAUUUCCAGCAAGCGCGCGGCGGCGUUUUGUCAGAGUAAGGGGGGAAUACCGUAUUUUGAGACGAGCGCGAAGGAGGCGGUGAAUGUCGAGCAGGCUUUUGAGGUGAUUGCGAGAAAUGCAUUGGCGCAGGAGGAGUCGCAAGACUUCAACCCCGAUUUCCCGGAGACGAUUCCCAUCAACAUCGGAGAGGAGAGUCAAGGCUGCUCGUGCUGAAGCCUCCACCCGCACGGUUGUCCAACAUUGGGGUGUCUGGCAUCAUUUCUGCAUUUCCGAGGCGCUGUGGGAGUACCAAGGAGGAUGUGUUCAGGGUUCAGAUUGCGCGGUGCGUCGAAUAGGAUAAUGCCGUUGUAUAUAGAAGCCAUCGUCAUUGCAUGAUUCAGUACGCCGUCUUGGAGAUCUUUGCAUCAGAAGAAAUGAUUU